UAUUAUUUAUAAAUACACUGAUGAAGGAAACGAUGAACAGCAUAACGCUGGAAAUCGUAAAUGAUUCUUGUCGGUGAAUCCCAGAAAGGCAUCAAUUCCAGAUCACAUAUUUUCGAGCAGUCCGCAGUCUGAGAUAAGUCCUUAGGCUAUUCGGCGGCAAGUGAUGGCAGUGUGUGACUUUCUAUUAGUUCGUCUAUCGGUUUUGCUUGCAUUAAUCAGUGUGUCGUUUCCGGAACGAUCAUGUAGAACCUACGAUUUACGUGAAGGAAACUGUGUCCCUUUGGAGAGCUGCAACCGGAUUCUCACGAAAGCAACGACAGCGAUGGAUAUUAUCACCGACAGUAAAUGUGAAGAUUUGCCGGACUUCACCACAUUGGUAUGUUGUCCAAAAUGGGAGAACAGCGAGUUUUGUGGACGUGUGAACGGUACAACAGGAGAAGACAGCUUCCCAUGGAUAGUUGAUAUUAUUUACUAUCUGAGAAAGAGGAUCGCAUCGUUUCAGUGUGCCGGUACUUUGAUUAGUAGUCGCUACGUUUUAACCGCCGCUCAUUGUAUCACGGACGUACCUUUCGGCUAUAAACCAUACAAAAUAAGAUUGAAAGACAGGCGACAGACCAGAUACUAUGAUAUACAACGAAUAAUUGCCCAUCCAAACUAUGCCACAAACGGUUUGAAUAAAAUAAACGAUAUAGCUCUACUAAAACUGGAGAAAAGAGUGGAAUUUUCCGAACAUAUUCAACCGAUAUGUUUACCAGUGGAAGACAACUACGGUCGAGUUGAUAUGCUAGAAAAACUCACUAUCUUUUCUGCAGGUUCAUCGAUGGCAGGUCCAUUGGUGCGUAAAAAGCACGCCAUAUCUAUGCCAGUUCACAAUCACUCGGUUUGCAACGAUAUAUAUCGCGAAGUUUUCGUUGAGCUGACCGAAUCUCAGCUCUGCGUAGGGGGAGAACCGGGGAAGGAUGCCUGUCAGGGAGAUUCUGGCGGCCCAUUAAUGCAGCAACGUAACACCCAAUCUCCACGGUGGUACGAAGUUGGCAUGGUUAGCCUGGGUCCCCGGCGAUGUGGCGGCACAAUUCCUGGAAUCUACGUAAAUUUGUUUGAGUACAUCAGCUGGAUUGAAGGAACUGUUGAUGAAGAUUAGAACAGCGAUGUGUGGAAGCAAUUAGCAUGAAUCGUCGGUGAAAUUUUCCACCGCUUGCGAUCCACCGACCAAACGCACGCGUGCACACAUACACACACACACACACACACACAUGGUUAACAUGUUGAGCCUCACGUCGGUUCCAAGGGGUCGACUUUCAGCUUUUUGGUAAGAAAACGCUGGCUGACCGGGACUGACAGUCACGGAAUAAGAAAAUAAAAAUAUAUACGGUUUGUUUUCGGGUGUUUUACAAAACUGUGGAUACUUUCUAGUCGAAUUUUUGACUAUUUUCUAUUAUACAAUGAGUAUCUUAGGAAGCUGAGACCGACACUGAUAUUGUGCAAACGCUCAUGACGCGGGCUGAAUGGAAAGCGCAGCAAGAAAAAUUCGGGGCUCAACGUGUUAAGGUUUGUAAAUUGCUUCUGAUUACAAUGCUUCAGAGAAGCAAACAAGCAAAAGUGUGCACCAUGACAAGUGGCAAAAUGUGUAAACUAUUCUUGGAAAGAGCUCAGAUUUUCGCUAAUCAAGACCAAGACUGAAGAUGAUACCUUUUCUUAAGAAUGAAAGAGCGAUCGUCUGGAACAUGCACCAAGCUGCAGACCCUUGAAUAUUCAUACAGGAGAUGACAAACAAGGGAUAACGUCGUUAAUAUGCAUUCGUCUCAAAUGUGUAAAUUGGUGAUGAUGUAAGGAUACCAACAGGCAUGAAAGCAUUCUGUGACGGAAUGAAGCUAAGGAACUAAAAAUGUAUUAAAAGAUAGAGAAUAAAAUGCUCAGUAAAUAGUAACACACGUAGUGUUUCAUAAUGCUUGUUUCAUCACUCUUCAGUUCCAGCUGAAUCAACUUAUUUCCGAUUUCGCUGGACCAGCUUACAGCUAAACUGGUUUUGGAGGAAGUGAUUAUAGACUUUGCUAUAUGAGAAACGUCUCAUUUAGCUACACACACACACAUCUGAUGAUGAAAGCGUCAGACGUUGGGAGGAAAACAUCGUGCGCACUAGACGCGAAAGUCGCGGUAAAUUACACACCUCUACCUCAUCGAUAAUUGGAUAAUCAUUGUAUAAAUUGUAAAACUCUUCUUCGAGAACUUUUCAUUGGGCCCACUUGCAAUUCUUUAAAAGAUAAGUUCUGUACAUUUAAAUAAGUAGUAAAACGAAGUGGUCAAUACUGAUGAGAAAAAAAAGCACUUUCAAUUCCUACUAGGUCAUUUCAUUACUCAAAAUGAAAUAUUCACUUUUCUCUCGUUACAGUCUAAUUUUGCGGCAUUUUCCUCCAUGGUUUCCAUGGGUUAUCCCCAAGCGUAAAUUAGCUUAUUAUGUCAUUGCAAUGUUGUCGAUGGUUUUCGCAAGCUAAGCGUAAAUUGGCUUAUGUGUUUCGUUUGCUGCUACUUUCAGCUAAAUUUUAUGGAACGGCUAACUGUAACUUAUGUACCGUAGCCAUUGCAGAAGGCAGCGUUGACAAAACAAUUCUACUGCGUCGCACAAUGAUUGAAAUAACUCCGUUUCCCAAAGAGUGAUUAUACACUCGACGAAAAAAAAUGGAGGAGCAAAUUGCGACAGCGACAUUUCUAUCUGUUUUUUUUCCUUAAAUACUUAACAUCGCGAUGAAUUUAGACAACGGCUGAACGUAUUAUUAUGAAAUUUUGCAGAAAUUCAGGGAAUACAUCAGAUUGCGAAUUUGGUUGUGUCCCAUUCACCCGAAACACGUUUACCCGAAGCACAUUAACCCGAAUGUAACACAUACCCGAAUGUAACAAUUACCAGAAUGUAACAAAUACCCGAAUGCAACAUAUACCCGAAUGAACAUUCACCCGAAUGGCGACAAAUACCCAAAUGGAAAUUUACCUGAAUGUAACAAAUACCCGAAUGCAACAUUGAACCGAAUGCAAUGUUUACCCAAAUGAAGACGGAAAAAUUCCGACAAAUCAGAUUAUGAGUUUUGUCGAAUCUCCUGUUACGAAGUAAAAUGAGAAAUUGUAAUGAGGAAAUUCGAAAAAGAUGUUGAAGACUUCGCUGUGUCGUUUUUAGAAAUUGGUGUAGGCACAAUUGACAUGCCGUCUUCUUUACUUUCCUUUUUGCUCUUUAAGGCCAAGAAAUCAUUCAGACAUGAGCAUGGGUUAUGGAAUAUUUGGAAGAAUAAGCAGGUAACUUUACCAUAAGAAAUUAAAUGAAAAUGUGAAAACGAAUAGAUAAGAAUAAGAAUAAAAAUGGUACUUACUUAUUUACCACCGCAGCGAAGUUCUUAUCAUGAAUAUAUUAUUUCGCAAUGAAAUUUAUUCUGAGAGCAAUGUAAUGAGGACGAAGUCCCCAUUUAACGAAGAUAAGGAACCAAGGCGGCACCAAGCGGCCAAGGUGACACAAUCCGAGUUGGCCGCCGACCCGCCGUCGGAAGCGGCGGCCUCUCGCAAGCAAACCUGUGUUCCACCGAUUGCCCGGUUUGUUUGAAACAGAGGAGACGAUCCUUUAGUCGACCGAGCGUCGGACGGCAUACGUUUACCUGGUGCAUUACGUUUGCCCGGUUAAUUAUGAAUGUCAUGUAUUUUGAUCUCAGAAUAAAUUUUAUAUCGAAAAAAUAAAUUCAUAAUCAAAAUUGCACUUCAGUGCCAUACGUACAUAUGUAUCCAAAAUUGUCAGCUUUCUUUUAACACAUUUACUGCUACGUCAGUCAUCGGUGACUGACAUCAAGCUUUCCGAUAAGGGUGCGUCAGCAGUGUUUGCCAAAUGAUCCACUCAUUGAAAAAAUCGCUUUCGUUCGUUCAAAUAUGAUCUUUCAGGAAACAUUUCCCCCAGCGGUAUUCUAUUGUUGUUAUGUGCUGCAAAUCACGACACAAAAGAGAACGAGACAACUCUGCAUCGGCUCGCACUUCAUUGCACACCAGCAUGCAAGCAAAGCUAUCAUAUACGCUUUCGGUGCAGAAAGCUUAUUUUCUUCUUUGCCUCUAACAUAUGCAUACCGACCUCUCCAUGCAACAUGAAACAGCAGGAUCGUACGGACAACGCAAAGCGAAAGAUUCAUAUUCAGCUAAUGUAGCAGAUCCUGAUUUUUAAGUCUCAGAGAGUGCAAACUAUAUGAUUAUUUAGCUCGAUAGAGGCUAAGGGAAGGGUAGUCAGAUUAUAUUUUCCAUUUUUAACGCCUCUAUCCCUUGAAAUGUGUAUAUUCAUAUAGACCGCAUAGUUUUACUAGCAACACUGCUCUUUUUCCCCAUUUGUUGCUCUCCGCAAAUGGUGACCGAAUGAUGACGUAAUUUUUCUUGUAUCAUUUAUUGCUUUGCACUUGCCUGUGCAGUGGGUUUCGCUAUAGUAGAGCGGGACGAUAUAUGCGGUUCAAACUUGUAUGCAGGCUUCGAAAAUGGUAUGCGAUGUUUGAUACAGAUCGGAUAUGCAAUCAACAGUCUUCGUUCCUCUCUCAGUUUAAUCACUAAAUAUUACACAAGUGAUUACUGACAUUCAUACAAGUACCUGAAUGAUCCUCUCAUAUUUGGUUAUAUGUUCGUGAGAGUUUACUUGCAUGACACAUUGUGUAUCAUUCGAUUUUGAUCGAAAUCCAAACACUGCGCGUCAGUCACCGGUAACUGACAGUAUAAACUAUGAUGGAAAAGGUAGAAUUUAAUUUUUUUUUCGCAGAAAUAUUUUUCGAGCACAAAUACCUUCUUACGAUAAGAAACGAUGGUCCAAAUACGUUCGAAAAUUUCCAUCGAGUAAAUUCUAAUUUUCCAAUAUUGCGCUCCACUACGCUGUACUACGAUAUCCGCUUUGGCCUGACGGGAAAGUCGCUAUGAAACCGCGUGGCACUCAACGUGUUAAAUAAACGGGCUGCGUCAUCCAUAUGAAAGAUUUAUGAAGUUUAAUACGUUAUAAUAAUACGUUAUAAAACUGUAUUAUUUCACAUUUCAUUAUUUUGAAAAGGAUUUUAUUCAACGCCACUAUUUCUCAAAUCACACUACCCACACACUAACCAACAACGCAAAAGUAUUUCUAUUUAAAUGAGAAUGAAUGUACUAGACAAAUAUCAUCUUCAUAUAACAAUGAUCAGAAAUAAAUAUACAAAUACAAAUACAAAUAUGGUAAAACUUGUGUAUUAUUAAAAUAUAUCCUUCUUUUGGGUAAGUGUCGCAUUCGGGUAGAUGUUACAUUCGGGCAAAUGUCGCGUUCGGGUAAUUGUCAGUUCGGGUAGGUGUUACAUUCGGGUAGCUGUCGCAUUCGGGUAUUUGUUACAUUCGGGUGAAUGCCUUUCGGGUAACUGUCUUUCGGGUGAGUGGGUUUCGGGUAAAUAUGACACAAUCUGCGAAUUUACCUGCUUAUAAGAUUUUUUCCUGCAAUAUUUACAAGUAGAUUCUCUAGAACAUCACAAAAAAAUCUAUUUUGGCAAUCGUAUCGUAACGAUAACAGCUCCAACAACUGAAAAAUAUUGACGUAUCAUGGCAUGAGAAAUUACUAUAGAAGUCUUCUAAUUCAUGUAAGUUAUGACUCACAGAAUUCCACAAAAAACGUGUUAUAUUUGUUCGAAAUUUGUGAAUUUCUUUAUCGUGUCGUGAUUUGAAAUCCGGACCCUUUUUUAAUCAUGAUUUGAAUUCCGGACACUUUUGCUUCAAAUUCCGGACACAUUUUGUCAGUACCAUUUUUUGAGAGAAAUUAGUUAUUAAUUCUUGCAGAGCUUAUUAUUUUAAUUCUGUUCUAUAGAAUCUUCAACCAAACACCAGUAAUGAACAAAAGUUAUUUUAUGAUUUUAUUUUAAGUAUUUUAUGAUUUAUUUUUAGUCGAUUUUAACCAUGUGCGACUAUCGUCUUCGUACACAACUAGCCGCUUGACGAAGUUAUUAGUAACGCUCUUGGAAGGUUCCAGGUGUUUUUUCAUAAAGCUUUUGAUUCAUUCUGCUGACCCUUUAAUGGGUUUUGAGGGUAACCAGCAUUCUGAGAUUUUCGAUGACCUUUUUUUCGCCAGAAAAUUUCAAUUUUGUCGAAUGUUUAACAGUCGUAUCAGCGAAAAUAUCGAGAGACUUCUUUGUUAUGGCUUGUAAUUCAAACAAUAGUAAUACCAUGGCCACAAAUCCUCGAUUGUGUUUGUAAGUGACUAACUAAACAUCGAUACAGUUGCUUCAGAAACCGUUCAUUGCAAAUGUGAAAUCAGGAGAAAACGGGUUGAGUUCGGAGAAUUUAAACACAACACAAAAUGUACUAGAAUUUACUUCACAAGAAGUGUAAUUUGGCAUCAAAUCCAAAAUAAGUCUGAAAAUAAAAAAUGAUCAAGCAAGUUGUAUCGAGGUAAUUAUAUUUCAUAUAUUCGAGGUAAUUUUAUGAGCUGUCUUUCAUUCAUACAAGGUCGUACCUGAAAGAUCCCCGAACUAAACUGUUUGUUAACUCGAAAUAAUGACUGUGAGCUAUCUGAACUAAGAGUGAUUAACAAAUGCAAAUUAGGGGAAGCUCGCAACGCAGUCGAGACUGUAAUGAAUUCAAAUGAGAAAAACAAAACCACUGUUCAGUAGCACCAUGUCCGUCUGUUGACCUGCUUACCUUUGUUCUGUAGAGUGGAUUGCUGAAGUCCCAGUCGGGUGCCACGAAUAAAUAUCCACAUUUUGACACCUUCCUCGUCGCCUGUCGGAAGAGAAGAACAAAGAAGAGUAAUGAACAUAUAUAAUUGGUAGACUUAGAUAUAUAAUUAGCAGUUCAUUCAAUCGGUAUAAUUCAUAUAAAAAACUGUCUUUAGUGAUGGGUUCAUUCACAAGAUGGAACUGAAUAGUAAUAUAAUUUGUAGAAUUACAACCGGUUUAAUCUAGCAAUGUUGGACCUUGGAAUUUGGAACACGAAGAAAGUUACAGGCAGUGUUGCCACGCGUACAGACUUAUCUGGAAUGGUACAGAUUUUAUCGUUAUUUUCGGAUUCUGUACGGUACAGAGUACAGAUUUUCGUCAAAAAGUACAGAUUGAUACAGAUUGUUUCCAUUUGUGAAAUUUCUUGCAUUUGAACAAAACAACAUUGAGAUACAUGACGACUUUUACGCCGCAGUAUCGCUAGGUGUCACUGAUCCUAAAAGCAUUUACAAUGCAAUGAUAGUACACAUCAUCCGGGAGACGACAGCUAGGAAAUGUGGGAUUUUUUAAGAAGUAUUCACGAAGCAGCUUCACUUAGCAGUGCUUUGUUUAUUUGAGGAAAUUGUGCCCCUUGCGACUACCUGAAGAAGGUAACCUCCCAGAGCAUCUUAAUUCAAUGACGGUCCUUCAGAACCGUCUGGAAUUGAUGAACGAAGGGCUCAUGGAUCAGCAAUUCAUGGCGUUGAUGCUGUCUAGCCUUCCUCCGUCGUACGGUACUCUCGGCAAUGUAGUCGAAAAUUGUCCGGAUGCCGAGCUUACAGUUGAAUUUGUGAAAAUCAAACUUCGUGAAGACUAUCGGCGGCGUUUGGAAUGCGGAAGCGGUAUGAGUGACGAGAAAGUAUUAAAGACAGUCAGUAAACAGAAAACAAUUCCACCCCCCUCUAAGGGUGACACCCAUGACCAUAACAAGUAUAUUAUACUGAGAAAAAAUCAUGAUUUUGAAUGAAGGUAAUCGGUUAUUACUUAUGGUAUUAUCUAACAGUACAAGUCACUAUGGAAAAUCCAUGUUAUAGAAUCUUUCUAGGUUUUUUAUGUUCAUUAUUUCGUCAUACUGCAUCUUUCAUUUCUGUACUGCGGUGUAAAUUCAAAGUCUCGAAACAAGGGGGUUACGUUCGAAGUACAAGGGUUUGAGCGAUAAUAUCUCUCAACCGGAUGAACGAAGUGAGAUGAAAAUUAUUUUUUUUCGAAAUAUAAAAGAUCUACGAGAGCUGUAUUUUACUUAUUGGCCAUAAAAACUUGUUUCAAUAGCUUAAAACUGCUUCGAAAGCAAACUAUUUAAAUCAUGAUAAAUAGCGAUAGCUUCUUGAAAUUUCAUUUCAGUCUCGAUUGGUCUGCGGUUGAUGCAUGAUGCAUCGGCUGGCCAACCUCUGUCCGUUUCUUUUUUGCUGCCGUGAUUAACGAACAUGCAAAAUCGUUUGCUUAUGAAUGCACUCAAGGGGUAAAAUAUGAUUUCGCAGACCGCAAGAUAAUUCGAAGGGAAAACAAAAUAUCCAUUCAUCUAUUUAUUGAGAAUUGAUUUAGAUGCAACUUCGAACAAAUAAUGGUAGACCUACGUGAAUCUUGCGAUAGUAUCACAGACAUAACCCACUCCUAUUUUUUUCGUUUUGGGUGGGAAAAGCUGCAGAUUUGAAUAACGACAACCUUCAACAACCGGAAGGUCAGGGUUUAGUUUUGAUGAAGUCCCGUUCGCAGGCUAUCGAUUGCUCCAACCAUGUCAGGAUCAAGUGAAGGAGUUCACGUUUUGUAGAGAAAGCAAACAUAAAAGUCGUAUCCAUAGAGUUUGUAGACCAUUUUUGGGCCCACAUUGGGACAAUUGAUGAUUUUGCUAAUAAUUUACAGUUUAUGACAUUUUUUGAAUUGGUUAAUCUGUUUACCCGUUUUUCGCAGUUGAAACUGAUCACAGAGAAAUGUUUCUGGGCCACACAGGUGUGUUGUUAAAAGAUUGUCGCAAACUCGAUGGAGUGCUCAUUAUAAUGCUGUGAAACCAAUUUAUAGGCUGGUCAUAGAAACUGGAGCCACAGCCACUUGAUCCAGUGUUUGUGCGAAGUUUAUGAUUUUAUACUUCUGAGUCUGUACUGCUGAUGCAUUGUACUACGUGAAGUAGAUCUAGCGCAGAAUAUUUGCACACCAUAGGACCAAAGGACCAGUAACGUUGAGAUCAGACUCAAAGCACUGAUAACUAUUCUUGCUGUUGAAUGGAACAGUCUAGUCGAAAUGGACAUUCAAACGAUUUUAUUAAAAUCCAACGAUAAAAAGUUUGCAACUGAAAGGAGUAUUCCCCGUAAGAUGAGCAAACCAAGCGAAAGACCUUCCGGACCCGGGCAAACGAUGGAAGAGAGAAUGUUGGAGCGCAUUGGACAUUUUUAUCGGGAAUUACAAAAACGGUUAAAAUCGUCGAAAAAAGGCGAAAUUUUUAAAACAAUUCAAGCACAACACAUGUUAUGAGUACCUGACAGCGAAAUGACAAAGUUGAUUUGACAAACUGGCAACUACGAAGUUUCGGGAAGCCAGCUUUUGCUAGAGAUACCAAUGCUCCGUAGAAAUUCGAAGGCCGCUGAAAUUAAUUCUAAAGAUGUCAUUAAUGAGAUUGCGUUUGAUCAUGAAGUGGGACUUCCAAGAAUCGCUUUCAAAUUUUACAGUGAAUUUGAAACUGUUUUUGUGGUAUUUUGUGAAAUGGCUUAUCAGAGUUGAAAUUAAUUUAAAAAUUGUGGACAGGACAGGACAGACAUGUUUAACACGUUGAGAUCCGCACCGCUAUUGCUGUGCAUUUAUUUAGCCCGCAACAAGAGAGCGAUAGCGCACUUAUAGAGGACCACUUGUACAAUAUCAGUGACGGUAUCAGUUCCCAAAGAUAUUUAUUUGAAUCACUUUUCGACGUCCACAAAUAAACUCUAUUUUAUUGUUUUGCAACAGAUUUUGUGAUUUCUUGUUCACCCUAUCUAGUCUAUCUAUAAAAAUGUAAGGCCAAAUGUGUUCCUAAGCACGAAACCCGAAGAAGGAAUCGUCCGAUUCGAGCCAUCUUUAUUUUGAUGUAUUCGUAUCUGCCCGUAGACCAAUGUUAUGGAGAAAAAAAACGGAAAACUCUGAACUCUGGAGGUCGGAAAAUUCAGAAAAUUGAUUCCCAUAUGUUUUAAAAUUACAUCAUGAUAAGCGUUGUAGGUCCAUUCGAUGUUUGUGAUAAAUUUAUUGAUACAAUUUAUUAUUUAUUAGCAUAGAAAAAAAUGAUGUUUUGACAUUCUGUAUCGAUCAAUAUUGGGGAGGUGAGGUUAAAACGGACAUGUUAAAAAGAACUUCAAUUAUAGCUUUGGAAACUCAUGUUUCCCAAAACAUUGGUACAGUUUCUUGCAAUUCAAUAUACUGUUUUUCUACCUAAUUGGGCAAAUAUUUUACAAAAAAGUGUCUUUCAAUGUGUUUCACUGAAAUUAAAACAGACCGAAAAGUACAAAAAAAUUUUCGAUGCGGCUAAUAUGGACAGGUUUGUAAUAUAUGAAGCGUAGAGGUUUAUCGAUCGCGAGAGGAAUAAUUUAAUUCAACCAAGGUCUGAACUAGAACUAGAAAAAUUCCAAUUUCCAAUUAUGUUUAUUGAUUGUCUAAAAAGGUUAUGUAAAUACGCUAACUCCAGAGUUUUAUUCAAUGGUUUUCGAACACACGUUUUCGCAAUCAAUUCGUCAGUACAGCAAGGCUGCCUUUUGAGUAUGGCUCUGUUUUGUCUUUAUAUCGAGCCUUUGAUUAGAAUGAUUUAUUCGAAUAUUGAUGGCUGUCUGAUUGGAAAUUAUUCCGUAAGAAUAAUUGCUUAUGCGGACGAUAUCAACAUUCUCAUACGUAACAAUCACGAAUUUUAUCGAGUCUUAGAACUAGUUCAUUAUUUUAGUAUUUAUGGUAAAAUUAAAAUGAAUUUCCUUAAAUCGAACUUUUUAUAGUGGUCUCCAUGGCCUAGUGGUAAGCGUUGCGCUUGCCAAGAUGGGGGCUUCGGGUUCGAUCCCCGUUGGGGUCAGAAAUUUCAUCGUCAUAGAUCGUUUUUAUGACUUGCACUGGUGAAGGGGAACUGUCUAGGGUGUGGUAGGAUGAGCAUUGAACAUUGCCAGUCCCCAAGAAAAGCCAUAAAAACCCGGAAGCAGCUCCUCUAAGCGAAUGGACGCCGCUAUAAGCGUCUUCGCUCAGUCCUGGUGGUACUCAGGACGUAAACCAGCAGUAUCACGAUGGUUCUCCUGCGAGAUAGUGGGGUUGGUCGCAGGCCUUACAAGCCGCACCACUAAAACACCAAGCAACGAACGAUACACAAAAAAAGUGAAUCAGGCCAUGUUGUAAAGACGGUAAGCCAAAAUAAAUUAAUAAAAUCGAACUGUUUACGAUUUAAUAACUGUCGUUUUGGGUCUCAUAUGAUUAAGGAAGUUGAUAGUUUUAAUAUUUUAGGAAAAGAUUUGCAUAAAACAUUUGAGCAAACUGUUGAAAUCAACUAUACCAACUAUACCAGUGUCCCACUUGUAAUUUAUAAUCUCCCUGCAUGCACAGAGAAUAUUGCUCAAAUAUUUCCACCAGCGAUCAAACAUAUUGCAGAGAUAAAAAGUUUGUGCAAUAAACGUAUGUGGAAAGGAUACCUGUAUAGUGUAGCGAAAAAUGAAUUAUACCUGCCAACGUUCAAGGGUGGUUUGGGUUUGGAAGAUGUAGAAACCCAAUCUAAAAGUCUUUUUAUAAAAAACAUUUUACACGCAUACCGCGAUUCCAACCAACACCUCGAUGAAUUUAUGUUGAAUAACGUUAACAAUAGAUACUUAAGAAUAAACGCUAGGGAAUGGGUGAUUAUUGCUAGAAGUUUAGAAGGGGAUUCCAAUUUGAAUACAAGUAGGAAUAUAUAUCACCAUUUUCAAAAUGCGAUGGAUAUUAAAUCUCGUUUGCAAACAGAACUGCCCAACGUGCAAUGGGAAAUUCUAUACGAAAAUUUCAGUAAAACCUUCCUCUCAACUGAUCAAAAAACGGCCUUAUUUGUGAUGUAUAGAGAUUUAGUUCCUACGCGUAGCAAAAUGUUCAAUCACCGAAUAGCAGGAUUAGAUUCUCCUCUUUGCAGCAUUUGUGGUAGUCUCGACACACUGAAACACAAGAUAAAACUUUGUACUUCAGCUUUGACGGUUUGGUCGUGGAUCAAGUCUGUAAUACAUUUGCGGAUGAAACUACAAAUCAGUGAUCCAGAGGAGUUGAUUGCGUCACAAAUUUCUGAAAAAUGUUACAGAUCGAAAGCUGCCCUCUGACUUACUGUAGAGGGAAUUAAAUUCAAUUUGAAUAAUUUUGGUAAGACUCGCAAUGAUUAUUUGAUAGCGUUCAAAGAUGGAAUACGAGAAGUACGGUGGAACAAUAAGAAAACAUUUGAAUAACAAUUCAAAGGGUUUCUGAAUAUCUGAAUAGGUCCGUUAGGCAUCGCUUGGAGUAAUAGGGUUUCGCUAGUUCUUAAUAUGCUGGUUAUGAAAAAAAAGGAUUUUCCAAUAUUUGCUAAGGUCGGUUAGGUUUUGCUUGGAGAAAUUGGGUUUCACUGGUUCAUAAUACUUAUUAUUAACCCCUUAUUAAUUAUUAACCCCGAGUUGCCGCGGGUAAUCGGUAUUACUAACCUUAGGUUUAGAUUAGGUUAAGGUAGGUUAAGUUAAGUUAAGGUUUUCUACUCGUUUUAGCAAACAAAAAUGCUAAUUCAAAGUACAGGUA